AUGGAUAACUCUAAUAAUGUUAAUCCAUAUAUCAAUACAAUACCAAAAUCAUUAUACGAUUAUAACAGUCAGUUCAAUGAGUUAGAGUACAAACGUUUUACUGAACUAAUGAUUGCCUCAAAUGUUAUGUUUGUUAACAAAACUCCGAUCACAUCACAAGUGCAAUCAGUUGAAGAUUUUAUGUACGCCAUUGAUGUCCAGCGCAUCAAUGAUAUCAAAAACUGUGUAAAAUUGUUGAAAGGUUUGGCUGUAUUUCGACAACAAUGUGACCAUGAUCAAUUGAUUUUAAUUAAAUAUGGGGCAUUAGAAAUACAUACAUUGCGAUCCAUUUCCUAUUAUGACUAUCAAAAUGAAGCCUUCAAUAUUGCUAUUGAUGAAAAUAAUACAACAGUUUUGCAAUUGACUUUAUUAAAACAAUUUGGUUGUGAUCUCUAUAAUAAUUUUAAACUAUUUCUUAAUAGUUUAUACAGACUAUACGACAUGGAUGAUAAUAUACUGAAUUUGAUAACUGUUAUUAUAUUAUUUAAUCCAAAUCGUCCAAAUCUGAAACAUCAGGAAACUAUUAAAUUAGAGCAGAAAGUUUAUAUGCAUUUAUUGAAACGUUAUCUAACAAUGAAAUAUCAAAACGAUUGUGAGUCCAGUAAACGAUAUCUGCAAUUAAUAAACACUUUACUUGAUCUGAAUUUUUACGACAAACGCUAUAAGGAGUCGUCAAUGAGUCGGCCAACUCUACCGGCGCUUAUACAUGAAAUUAUUGUCGAGUAA